GUUAAUUGAAAACACACUCUGUAAAUUAGCCUAUUUUGUAUUUCAUUUAAUGCUAAUUGUCAUUUUCUAUAGGCUACAUUCUCUUUGAUCAAGCUGUAAACAUGCAUUCUGUGUUGGGUUUACUCAGCAUAUUUGCUUGUUCUUUAAUUCAUUGUAAUAGGAUUGCAAUAAAGCAAAAUAUUUUGAGUCCUCCAUUGACCAACAAGCCAUUUGUCGUCACGUGGAAUGUUGCUAGUGAACAAUGCGAAGAAAUAUAUGGUGUUCCUCUCGACUUGAGUGAUUUUGACAUUGUUCAUAAUCCAGAUAAAAGUUGGAGAGGUACCACAUUGACCAUAUUUUAUGCAGACCAACUUGGAUUAUUUCCAUACUAUGAUUCUGAGGGGAAUGCCGUUAAUGGAGGUCUUCCACAGCUUGCAGACUUAUAUGCACAUUUGAAAAAAGCAGCAGAGGAUAUAGUAUCAUCAAUACCUGAACAUGAUUUCCAAGGAUUGGCGGUUAUUGAUUGGGAAGCAUGGCGACCACUUUGGGUCCUUGAGGGAUGGGGUGCAGGCUUGAUAUAUCAGAAUAAAUCAGUUGAAAAAGUUCAGAAGGAUCAUCCAGAUUGGACUCGAGAUAAAAUCUUAGCGCAAGCCAAACUGGAAUACGAAUCUGGAACUAAAUCGAUAAUGGAGUUCACUCUGGCUUUGGGAAAAUUGUUGAGGCCAAAAGCUCUGUGGGGAUUUUAUUUAUACCCUGAUUGCGCCAACUAUAAUAAAAAUGGAACGAAAGACAGUUUCAAAUGUACCGAUCAAGUUCUCAAGCGUAAUGACCAGAUUCAGUGGGUAUUCGAUGACAGCAAUGCACUAUAUCCAUCUGUGUAUUUAGGUGAAUGGUUCAGUAAUCACACAUCUGCUAUAUAUUAUGUCGCUUAUCGAAUAUUAGAAGCAAUGAGAGUUGAUUCCGAUAGGCCCAGUGAUUUCAGUAUUCCUGUCUUUGCAUACCAUUUAUUGACUUACAGGAAAGUACCAGAGUUUGUCAGCUUAUUUGAUCUGAGAGAUUCUAUAGGUGUCGCAUCUUUGCUUGGAUCAUCGGGGAUGGUUAUUUGGGCAGAUCACAAUGUUGCCAAUUCUGUAGAGAGGUGUCAAAAUUUGUCCAAUUAUAUUUCUACAACAUUGGGACCAUACGUCAAAGCAACAUCGGAUGCUGCUACAUUGUGCAGUUAUGAUUACUGUAGUGGGCAUGGGCGUUGUGUAUUGUCUCAUUUUCCUGAUGCAAACAGCUUGAAGUCAUCGUAUCUGACAGUUGCUGAAGCUACUGAUGAGAUUCUCAGAAUUAAAGAGUUUGGUGGUAAAGUCAUCGAUUUGCUUAGAGUUGGUAGUGCGUCUUCUAAGUAUUCAACCAUUUGUCAGUGCUACAAUGGCUGGACUGGAAAAUCCUGCCAGAAUUUAAAGUUGUAAAAACCAUUUGUUUAUGAAUAGUAUGUCAUAUUGUUAACAUUGUCAUUUUUUGCAGUAUCAAUUUUAGACUAUGCGUACUAAAACGUGCAAUCUUCAGUGAUUCUUUUUUUGGAGUUGGGAUUUUCUGUAGAAUUCUGUCGUGCAAAUUUGAUGGUCGCUGGCAUAGUUUCUAACUUGCAAAACCAGUUAUUACUAGCAGGUAAUUCUGAUUUAAGCUGUAUUUGUAAUUCACACAGUCCUUCUAUGGAGGUUUUAACUUGAGUAGACUGACAUCUUCUUGUUUGAAAGCCCGGUGACCUGAGAAUUGGAUUUAUCUGAAAAUAUUCCACACGAUUCAUUGAAAUUGUUCAACUCAAUGCACUUUAUUUUGCAUUGCUCUGGUUCAGUGAAAUCAUUGUUUUGUAAUGUCUUACUUUUCCUUGAACUAAUGUUAAGGAUUUGUUCCAAAAUUUAGUUUGGUAUAUCAUGAAGAUUCAACUUACUGUGAAGUUACUGAUAUUUUUAUAAUUCAUAUUGUAAUAAUUUGAUAAAUACUUGCCAAUUACUUCCUUUAAAAUGCAGCAGAAAUGUCAAUCCUUUUGAAUUUAUUAUAUUGUGUCCUCAAUUAAACAUUCAGUACUAUAUUGCCUAUUCCAUACUAUUAUUUGUAGCUAUCACAGAAUCUAGUCCAUUUAUCAUCCAUUAUAUUAUUUUUUUUCUAAAUCUUUACAAUGGUAAAUAAUAUUGCCAAUUUUGUCAUUUUUUUUUCGUUAACCUUCAAAAAUUGGUAUUUCUAUUUUCUCUUUGCUUUAUUUUCGAUCUGUGUUUAUGCGAGUUUAAAGAUCGUCAUAAAUCAAUAUGAAUGUUUGCAAUCCAGGUAUUGAUUAGGUUUGUUUUUUAUUUUCUUGAUCAGUGAUUGUUGCAAUUUUUCCAAUUUCCAAUCCUCCAUCCAGUCGAGAUGAUUGAUGAAUUUUAUCUUUCUUGUUAGUCAAUUUGUUUGAAAGAACAGUUUAGCUGCUUUUAAUCACUAAAAUUUCAAUUCAUGUAACAUGUGGAUUCAAUGUAUUGGCCAUGCAAACGCCAUUGGUUUUUAUCAGUGCUGGCCGUCACCCGUUUUGAAAUAUCCAAGUGAAUCGAAUCAUCUGAACAGAAUGAUUCUGACUAAUCUUCAGAGAUAUUUGUCUUGUAACCGAAAGAAAAUUUCAUGUUAGUCCUAGUAACAGAAAUCAAUUUGUUGGAAUACGAUUCAUCACGUCGAUUAAGGUUGUAAUUAAAAUUCGCUAACAUUAA